UCGACUCCUGCGCAGCACGCGCUCUGCCUCUUGCUCACCGCUGAGCAACCAUCGCGGUUCACUUCGCAUCGGUUCACUUCAAACAUCGACAAACUAACUCACACAGUGAAAAUAACAAAGUGAUCAUUUAAUUACUGGUAAAUAUUUUACGGGAUAUAAAACCACCAAAGUUGAGGUAUAGGUACUGCAGCAUGGUGAAUGUGAUUAAUUGAGUAUCAGUGUUGAUUGCUAGUUUUUUGUGUUUACAAUGAUGUGCGUCAGAACAUUUGAUUCGAGAACGAUGUUGGUCGCAACUUUGUUAGUGAUGGUGAGUGUAGUGGGUGCUAAUGUGAACUCUACGGGUGUGUCGGGGGCAUCCCGCAUGGCAUGGAUGAAGUCCCUGCUGGAUCACCACAACUGGAUGGAGUACAUCAAUGGCAGCUUGUCUCUGCCUCAGAAGUGUGAGACAGAUCUCAGGAUCUAUCUGACAGCGCUCAACGAUGGACAACUCUGGGCUUCGAAAAUUUUCGACGCAUCUGGCCAUUACACACCUAAUGUGCUGUUCGGCAACGAGUACUGGCUGGGCUCACAGAAUGCGUGCCGGGAUCUUCAAUUGUCCGAGUACUAUGCGCAAACGCCGCCCUUCCCCACCACUUUCUACGUUGCCAAGAUCAACCUGACUGUGGACAACGAUCAUUUACCACAGAGCCGACUGAUGCUGGUCGGUGAGUGCGUGCCAGCCUCAUGUGACAUGAAAGCUGUCACCUCACUAUUGGGUGCUGCAGAAGGCGCUGCCUCCACGCUAGCUUCAACAGCAGGCCUUCAGGCUUCCUUCACCACCAUCAGCUUACGACCAGUGCCUGGAAACUAUGACUUGUUCGCAGACCCUAAGCUGCAAAUACUUGGGACGGUGGUGACCCUGGUGGGAGUGCUGAUGCUCUUGGCGUCUUUGUACGAGGGCUACCUGGAGCGCAAGUACCGGCUGACCAAGGAGUCCAGAGAUCUCGAGCUGGCGAACGACGCCAACCAUAAACAACCUGCUCAUAACAAUGUGCCGGUAGCCGAUGGGAAACCAGUGAGCGCAGACAAUGGCGACAGAGACCUUCGCCGGGAAACUUGCGGAGUUUGGUCGGAGGUGCUGUUAUCGUUUUCGAUCCUGUCGAACGGGCGUACGAUCCUCAGCACGGACCCUCCCAACGAUGGGGCCCUCACAUGUCUUCACGGAAUGAGGUUCAUGUCAGUAAUCUGGGUUAUAAUGGUGCACACAUACCUGACGAUAUUCUACGUGGCCGACAACAAGACGAUGCGGGUGAUCACGGAGCGCAAUUUCUGGUACCAGUCCGUCGGCAACGCCUCCUAUUGUGUUGAUACCUUCUUUGUUAUCAGCGGGAUACUCGUCACGAUUCUAUUCUUACGAACCGAGGACAAAAAGGCCGCCAAAACUGACCAGCAAGAUAAACAGGACAUCAACAAGAACCUUAACGGCUUCAGUAAUUCCGCUCUCUCCAUCUCUGUGAUAAGCCAACAAUCUUUUAAGGAGGACUUAUUGGACAAGCCUAAGACCAGCGCUUACUCUAUGGCAGAAUUCGUGGCUAUGAUUAAAUCUUUCUUCAUUUUAUUUUCAUAUCGAUUAGUGAGACUUACUCCAGCUUACGGCUUCGUGAUUGGUUUAAAUGAGAUUGCUCUGAGGUAUACACACGAUAGAUCAGUGUUUGAGCCGGCGAUAUUUGACCAUAUAACUUGCGAUAAGUACUGGUGGCGCAAUCUGCUGUACAUUAAUAACUUGUACCCUCAACGCGAGAUGUGCAUGGUUUGGUCCUGGUACAUGGCCAAUGACACACAGUUCUACGUAGUUGGAAUUAUACUUCUAUUAAUUUCUGUUAAACACCCGCGGUUCGCGAUGGUAUCGCUUGGGUUGCUAAUGGUGAGCUCGUGGGCGACGACGAUCUACAUCUCGGUGUGGCAUCAGUACAAGGCGCGGAUACAGGAGCCCUUCGAGAUGUUUGACCCGCUCUAUGAUAAGCCGUGGUCGAGGAUCGGACCCUAUUUAGUCGGUAUGGUAGUAGGCUGGUACCUCCACAAGACAAAGUGCCAACUGCGGAUUCCAUACUGGGUGGUAGCGAUCGGAUGGCCGGGCGCCCUCGCCAUCAUCGGCAGCCUGAUCUUCAGCAUGGUGGAUGGUUACUUCGAGGUCUGGCCCACUGCCUUCUACAUCAGUGUUGGUCAUACAGCGUGGGGAGUAGCAGUAGCCUGGGUGGCGAUCUCAUGCUGCAGCGGGUACGGCGGGCUGGUGAACUCGGCGCUGUCGUACCGGGGGCUGCUGCCGCUCAGCAGGCUGACGUACGGCGCCUAUCUCGUGCACCCUACCAUCAUGAUGUACACCUCCUUCCUGCUGGAUGGCCCUUAUCAUAUGCAGAAUUCUACUGUGCUCGCGAUUUACGCUGGCUACGCAGUGAUGGCAUUCUUGGCUUCAUUCGCCAUUUCGCUAGCUUUUGAAGCGCCUGCCGUCCGACUCCUGAAGAUCAUCAGCGGCACUCCUCGCAGCAAGAAGAGCUCCUGAACAAACAUGAAGUCACCACGGUUGUAGCAUUAACACGCCUAAACACACGUGUUGAUUACUGCGUUACUCAACGCGCACUUAUUGAUGCGAAUCAAUCAAUUGUAAAUAAAAACUUAUUAUUAUACCUUCUCAAAGAUAUCACUUACACAAACGUCAGAACGAAAAUUCGAUAUCCGGUACAUUUGGUGAUUUAAUUUCCCGUCUCUAGUAAUAAGAAACCUUUUCCAAUGAAGUGCGCUCUAUCGAAGCUUUAUUUAGGUUAUAAUUUAAGAAGCCCAAAAUACUAAGGACUUAGUUACCAAUAAAGACUUUUAUAGUUACCAAUGGGAGUUCAUAUCUUUUUAUCUGUCGGAUUUGAACAUAAAGUUGGGCAAAUGGGAGGCUAUUGGUCGUUCCCGUCGCCGUUCGCUGUAACAUGGAUUCUAAGGGGCAAUGUUUUACUGCUUUAUCUAUAGACGGCACAUUGUCACAUGUGCGGUAAUCCUGUGACCCAGUUGCCAAGUUAAACACGUGCUUGCUCAAGUACUGAGAUUUUGGCAACUGAUUGAGACGCACUCGGAGUUAGUGUACCUGCACUAUUGUAUAAAAAUGAGUGAACUUAUAUGACAAUUCGAGAUUACGCGCUCGUGGAUCAGAUAAAAAGUUGUUGCUUGCUCAUUUACUUUAACAACUUUAAUUCAGGGAUGAUAAAUUUAACAUGUCAAUUAUUCUGGUACUCAAAAUAAAAGCAGCUUGAAAUUAGAUAGCAAGUUUGAUGCUCAAUUAGAAAACGCUACAUUAUUUCACGACAUGUUUUAAGCCCCUACAGGUUAGAACUGUCCGUUGAAGACAUUCAUGUAUCUACUAACGUCAACAUAAAUCAGUGAGGUGAUUUCUGGAAUUGUCAAAUCGUGUCGCUCGAGAAUAUGAUAAUUUAUUAUGAUUACACUCCAUAACCGCGCCUACAUGCAAUGAAUCAAUCAUGCUGGCUCACCGCACGUUAUCUCUUGCGCCACAUCCAUAAUUCCUGGGUUCAUUGUAUAAUAACUAGGUUCUUGUUAGGCACCCGAACCGCACGAUACCGAUAAUGUUUUUGUGGCCAACAACGAGACAGACGCCACUUGAAUUUAUACCGACAUUUCAUCUUCAAAUUAAGUUCGAAUAUUUCGCUACAAAUUCUAAUCAAUAUUGUAGCAGACUGUAGAUCGCUUUAUCGCUGUUUUGUUUGUAAAUGUUCCAUGUAAAACAUUAUCCCGUAAAUCAUAAUUUAAUUAAGGCCACAGAUUAUACAUAUGUUUGUACGUAUAAUUUGUGUUUAAUUUCGAGGACCUAUUAAAUAUUUUCUACCUCUAAUAAGUACGUAGUGAUAUGCUCAGUUAGUCCUUAUUUGACGGUAGCGUAGGAGUAGGUCCAAAACAAACUUUGCUUUCGUUGGUAAGUUAGUACAAUGAUUUUGUUUUAUGUAUUUCUUAUCAAUAGUUAGCAAGGAGAGUUUAGCAUUUAGGGUAUUUUUACGGUAAUUGUUUUUUUAAUAAGUGAUAUUGCAUUGAAUAUUUAGAGGUCCUUGAUAACAUGUUCAUGUAUUCUGUUAUUUUAUUGAGGUUCGGAAAUUAUUUCAUAUGAGAUCUGCACAUACCUGAUAAUAUUUAUCUAGUUUUUGUUAAGGCAUUAUUCGUUAACGUUAUCAUACAAUGUUAUGGUAAAACGACCUCAGUAUGCUUGGGAAUAAAUUGUAAAUAUAGUAACAUAUUUGAUCAAAAUGCUCUGAAAUCAUGUUACUUAAUAUUGUAAAUAGCAAAUUUUAUAAUAAAGCAUUAUUUAAUUACUA